UGUACUAUAAAUUUUAUUUUUCUUUCACCAAAUUAAUUUCCCAAUUGAAAAAAAUUCUUUGGUUCUGUAAAUUUUUUUAUUUGUUUGAUUUUUAUCGUGAAUUACAAUACUGAUCAAUUCCCAAUAACUGUAAUAAAGUGUUUAUAUCUUUGAUAUCGUUUCGGUUUUUGCUUCUGGGUAUUAAAGAUUAAAACCAAAAAAUUUUCAACCUCGAAAAAUUGUUUUUGUUUUGUUUUCUCAAAGCAGGGUUUUGUUUCCCCAACUCAAGAAAUUGAAGUGGUUUUGUUUAGAUUCAAAGCUCUUUUUUAUCUGGGUUCUUCCCAAAACCCAAGCAUGAGUGCACUUGCAAUCUAAAAAUUGCAAAUUAGGGCUGUUUCUUUGCACAAAUUAGGGUUUUUUUUUCGCACCUCGAAAAAGUGUGUUUUUUUUUUCCUUAAAAAAAUAGAAACAGCCUGGGGUUAUGCUCAAACAACAAAUUGGUGACAGAGAAAUAAAUUUUGUGUUCUGGGUAUUUGUUCAUUUGAUUGUUGGGCUUGUUUUUGGGAUGAGGAAUAGUAGUAACAGUGAUGGGCUAAAGUCACAAAACCGUGUCGUUUCGCGGUCAGCGAAGAGCCCGUUCCGUGCAAUCUCAAGUUAUUUGAGGAUCGUCUCGUCUGGUGCGUCCACGGUGGCGCGGUCGGCAGCAUCAGUGGCGUCGUCGAUUGUGGAGAAAGUUGAUGAUUCAAGCCAUGACCAGGUGCUUUGGGCCGGGUUUGACAAGUUAGAGGGUGAGGGAGAUGUCACACGGCAAGUUCUCCUUCUGGGUUAUCGUUCUGGUUUCCAGGUCUGGGAUGUUGAAGAAGCAGAUAAUGUGUGUGACCUAGUUUCCAGAUAUGAUGGUCCUGUUUCUUUUAUGCAAAUGCUACCAAGAACAGUAACAUCAGAAAGAUCAAGAGACAAGUAUGCAGAUGCCCGGCCACUUCUGGUAACUUGUUCUGAUGGGUCCCUUUCUGGUGGUACUAACAUUCAGGAUGGGUUAUCAACUAAUGGGACAAUCACAAACUAUCAUGACUCAGGGAAUGGCAGUUUUGAGCCUACUGUUGUUCGUUUUUAUUCCUUGAAAUCCCAAUCUUAUGUACAUGUGCUAAAGUUCAGAUCAGCCAUUUAUGCUGUAAGGAGCAGCUCUAGAGUUGUUGCUAUAUGUCAAGCAGCCCAGAUACACUGCUUUGAUGCUGCAACAUUAGAGAUAGAAUACGCCAUUCUGACAAAUCCCAUAGGUACUGGAUAUCCUACUACUGGAGGUAUAGGCAUUGGACCUCUUGCAGUUGGUCCCAGGUGGCUGGCUUAUAGUGGAAGUCCAGUUGUAGUCUCCAAUUCUGGGCGUGUCAGUCCACAACAUCUAAGUCCUCUGAGUUUUUCUGGCUUUGCAUCAAAUGGAAGCCGGGUUGCUCACUAUGCAAAAGUAUCAAGCAAGCAACUUGCUGCUGGGAUAGUGACCCUAGGAGAUAUAGGAUAUAAGAAGCUGUCAAGAUACUAUUCUGAGCUUCUACCUGAUUCCCAGAAUUCUCUACAAUCAGCGAGUCCUGGCGGGAAGGGCAAUGGAUCUGUUAAUGGUCUUCUGCCAGAUGCAGAUAAUGUUGGAAUGGUCAUUGUCAGAGAUAUUGUCAGUAAAGGUGUUAUUGCACAGUUUAGGGCACACAAGAGUCCUAUUUCAGCAUUAUGCUUUGAUCCUAGUGGGGUUCUUUUAGUGACUGCUUCAGUUCAGGGUCAUAACAUAAAUGUCUUCAAAAUAAUGCCUGGACUCCAAGGAAGCUCCUCUGCAUGUGAUGCUGGUACAUCCUAUGUACAUCUUUACAGGCUGCAACGUGGUAUCACAAAUGCUGUUAUACAGGACAUUAGUUUCAGUAAUGACAGCAACUGGAUUAUGAUUAGUUCCUCUAGGGGUACAAGUCAUUUGUUUGCUAUAAACCCUUCAGGGGGAUCUGUUUAUUUUCAGUCUGCUGAUACUAGUUUUAAUGCAAAACAUAAUGGAUCUGGUUUCAUGACUAAGCCUGGUGUUCGUUGGCCUCCUAAUGCUGGUGUACAAUUGCCUAAUCAACAAAGUCUUUGUGCAUCUGGUCCCCCAGUUACACUUUCUGUUGUUAGUAGAAUAAGAAAUGGAAAUAAUGGUUGGAGAGGUCAUGUAAGUGGUGCUGCAGCAGCUGCAACAGGAAGGAUGAGUUCCCUUUCUGGGGCCAUUGCAUCAUCUUUUCAUAACUGCAAAGGAAAGGGUGGCGUAUAUGCUGGUGGCAGCUCUUCGAAGAUGAAGUACCAUCUGCUGGUUUUCUCUCCCUCUGGGUGUAUGAUACAGUAUGCAUUGCGGGUAUCAGCUGGUUCAGAUGUGAUGACAGGUAUGUCUGGAUUGGGCACUGCUUAUGAUCCAGUUGCAGAUGGUGAUGCUGGAUUAGUAGUUGAGGCCAUCCAGAAGUGGAAUAUAUGUCAGAAGCAGAUUCGAAGGGAGCGAGAAGAUAAUCUGGACAUAUAUGGUGAGAAUGGAGCGUCAGACAGCAAUAAGAUAUACCCUGAAGAAAUGAACGAUGGAAAUUGUCUUCUUACUGAAGCUAGGGGUACAGUUGAGAAAACGAAGGUCAGUCUUGAGGAUAAACACCACAUGUAUAUUUCUGAAGCUGAACUGCAGAUGCAUCCACCUCGUAUUCCAUUGUGGGCAAAACCAGAGGUAUACUUUCAGUCGAUGAUCAUGGAGGACAUUAAAGUGGAGGAUGAAUUGAAAGGGGAAGUUGAAAUUGAAAGGAUUUCUACUCAUAUGAUUGAAGCUAGGUCAAAAAACUUGAUCCCGGUUUUCGACCAUGUUCAGAGUCCCAAACCUCAACAAGCAAGGGUUCCUGGUGUGGAUAACAAUACCAAUGGGAGGCUGCUGCAUCAGAGGUCUGGGCUUUCUGAAUAUGGCAGGCUUUCAUGCAAAAGUAGCUCUGGUUCUCUUGAACCUGUAACUGAUAGUGGGGCUUCAGUGCCUGAUUAUAACAGUGACGCUGGAGAAAAUGGUUGGGAUGGUCCUCGAAUGCCAGUAGAAAAACAGGGCUAUGUAAAUAACAGUGACAGCCUUAAAACCAAUAUGCAGCUUGGGAUUGUAAAUAAUACUGAGAGCUUAAGAAUGGAGUCUCAACUCAAGUUUGUAAAUAAUAACAUUGAAGGCCUGAAAAUGGAGAAUCAUUUUGAAGAAGAAGGUGAUGAGUUUGACUAGAGGUGUGCAGUAAAUUCUUUUAUUCUCCAGGGGGGGCUGAUUAACAGGUGUUAAUAUUAUGGCUGGAAUGUAGACAAAUAUUGAGGCAUAGGGGAGCUUGACUAUAAUGAUCCGGAAUUGUGGAUACUAUGUUGGGCAUCAUCUUCAUCUUUCUGUUGACUCUGUAAAUAACAGAACAAAGAAAAUACAUUACCAAAUAAUCAGUUGUAAUAUGUAAAUAAUAGCAGCACCUUGUAAACUCUUGCUCUCCAUCUGUUAUUAUAUAAUUAUUCAUUCCCAUUCUUGUGCAA